AUGCCAAAUAAUACAGAUGGUCUUAAUGGAAGGUCUACUUGUUUAUUAUGGGAUGAUGAAAGGCAGGCUAAAUUAUCUCUUACCCCUUCAACAUCUUCACCUGCAUCUAUACAUGAUUUUGGAUCUCCUUAUUUUAGUAAGUCUCAGAUAGAUCCAAUUUUAACAUCGUCAUGUUAUAGAAGAUCAAAAAGGAAAUUACAAUUAGAUGGGAAUUCAAUAUUGAGUGAUGAGUUAAACUGUAAACUCAAUACUAAUGAUGAGAAUGAUACAAAUAUCUGGUUACCAAACUUUAAAUACAAUAUUGAAUAUCAAAAUUCAGAUAUAAAUAAAUCCACAAAUAGUGCUGAUGAAAUUUAUAAGAAUGGUAAUAAUGAAGAAAAUCAAGUUUUUGAGACUAAAGAUAAUAUCUGCAUAGAGCCAAAUGAAGUAUGCAUUAAUUUGCAAUCUUCAUUACAAAAUAAUGAUAAUGAUAUAGUAUUGCAACCACAAAACAGUAUCAAAAAUUUAACAGAUAUCAUUCAAAUUUCCAGUAAACCAUUAGUAACUAAUAAUAAUAUAAGUAAACAAACAUAUCAAUUACAUACAGUUAGUAAAGAUUCAAAAUCUGAAGAAAAUUUAAUUGUAAAUAACUCUAGUACAAAUAUUUUACUGAAGGGAAAUAUCAAACCAAUAAAUGAUUUAGAUGUAACGAGAUUUAUGGAUAAUGAUUAUUUAGAGUUAUUAAAGACAAAUUUAAUGCUUGAAUUUACGAAGAGUAGAACUUGUUAUUUGAAAUUAGUACCAAGUGUUAUAGAAAUUUUUCGUAUUGUAAGAGAUGCUCCUAGUCGCUGUCCAAUACCAGUAGUUCAAAGUAUUGAUGAUUUAGGUAAAGAGCAGAAUAUCUCAAAAUUUGAGAGUUAUUUUACAAAUUGUAUCUCAAAGCAGAAUAGUGGUUUUUUAGCUUUUUGUACUGAAAGGAGAGCUUUAAAAAGUGGAGGUGGGGGAAAGUAUUAUUUUUUUGAUAAGAAAUUACAGUUAAAUGGUUGCCACAAGGUUGAUGUUUUGAAUCAUUAUAAACAAAAAAAUAUUUCAGGACCAGUAUUUAUGAAAGUACUUCUAUUCAUGUUCGUUGUUGAUCCACCAUAUCAUCUUGAUCCCCGUGCAAGGAGUAGUAACCCCCAAAGGUUAAUGGAUUUUUACUAUCAGUUAAAAUCAAUGAAUAGAUUAUGUGCCUUAAAGAGACUUUUGAAGGUUUGGUGUAUGGAGAUGUGUCCAGAAGAGUAUCUUGAUGCAGGAUACCCUCCUGGAAGUUUAUUAUGGGUAUCAACCCUUGAUAUAGAAAGUCAUAUUAAGAAAUGGAGAUAUCGUGGCCGAAAGAGUCAACCAACCACUUCUAUUCGUACAAUAAAUCAAAAAAAUAUAAGAUUAUUACCAAAAAUAGCAAGUAAUAUUGAAAAGUUGAAGCAACAAACGAAUUCACAACAAGAUAUUCGUCAGGAAAAGAAUUCCUGGUCAAAUAAAGAUGAUAACCAUAAAGAUAUUUCUACUGAAAAAUUAGAUCCUACCAAUUCAGAUACUGAUAUAAAUGAUUCAUCUCCAUGCACUCCAACAGUAAAGGUAUAUGGGCCAAAUUAUGAGGCAGAAGUAGAUUUAAGCAAACAGCAAGAUGGCACUUUGAACAAUCGAAAAAUUAGUAUAACUAACCAAUACAAAAAGAAUGUGUUAAAUAAUACUCAUCAAUGUACCAACUUAAUACCAUUAAAUUCAGUAAAUUGCACACAAAUAAGGCAUUAUGAAGAAAUAAAUACUUCUACAGAAAGGGAAAUUCAAACACCUAAUAUUGCAUCAUCAUCUUAUGACAAUGUAAUUUGGACUUUAAUAAGGAAUAUACCUGUAAAUUGUUUAAAUAAGUUAUAUCAGUCUUGGAUUAGUGGAGAAAUACCAGGCUUAUCUAAGUUGAAGUCACAUUGUUCAUUAAGAUUUUCGAAUAUAUUAAGUAAUUCAGAAUCACAAAUAUCUGAAAAUAGUCAAUCUUCUAGUUAUAUAAAUAAUGUAGAACAAGAUGUAACAGAUAUAAUAGCACCAAUAUUAUAUUUGGAUCAUCGUUUGGUUUUUUCUUCUAUACAGCAUCACUUAUUAGUUAAUCCCAAUGAGCUCCCAAUUUGGAUCAAAUUAUUAGAAUCAUAUAGCAACAACCUACAAGAAAAUUUAGAAUUUGAACAUAAAUCUCUGGAUGUAAUGCUCAAUUCAUAUUCAUGUUCAUUUUCAAUGUCUUUUUCUUGUUCAUCACCUAUACGUAGUGGUAAUAGUGAAAAUAGCCAAGGCUCUAUAGAGCGAUCUCAAUUAUCUGGUGAUAUAAAUGAAACAUCACCCAUCUUCUCAUUGGUCUCUACAAAUCAAUAUCAGUCCUUUGUAGAGAUACCUGAUAUUGCUACUUCUCUUAGUGAACAUAUUCUUGAUGAUACCAGUGCUACCUUAAAAUCUUGCAACGAUAUCAAUGAGCCAAUAGAUCUUUAUUUUGCAUAUUAG